AUGUACUCGGACAAACAGCGAAAAUCAAUGGUACUUGAGCUUAAUGCUUCUGACGAUAGAGGAAUCGGGAUCGUGAGGGAAGAGAUCAUAACAUUUGCGCAGACGAAGUCACUCCAGAGAGAUAAGGAAACAACGGACCUAAAAUUUGUAAUUCUCGAUGAAGCCGACGCUAUGACAAAGGAUGCACAGAAUGCAUUGAGACGAGUCAUAGAGAAAUACACUUCAAAUGUUCGUUUUUGUAUAAUCUGCAACUACCUCUCCUCUAUAAUUCCUGCUAUUCAAUCUCGGUGUACCCGAUUUCGAUUUGCCCCUUUGUCUAUUGACCAUAUCUUGCCUAAACUUAAUCACGUGAGUGUCGCAAUGGCUUCUCCGGUUAUUGAUGAAACAAGUGUAUACGAAUGCGUUGGACAACCUACACCAAAACACAUUGAGAAAAUUUUGCAGAUUCUGAUGAACGAUUCGUUUGCAUCAUGUUGCCGGAAGUUAGAAAAAGAAUGUGGUGGAGAGGGCUAUGCUUUGAUCGACGUGCUUUCGAGGUUGCAUGAUGUUAUUUUUCAAUUGGAUUUGCCCGCGAAUGUGAUGGUUUGCCUGAUUUCUGCGCUUGCUGACACCGAACAACGUUUAGGCAGUUGGCGCCUCGGAUCGCAUUCCAGAUAG